CGUUGAGAAAGAACACUCGUUCAGUACAACACUACACUAGUACUCCACUCGGAAGUCACAGUAACUCAAGAGUGAUAAACGUUUUCAAGUGGUUGACGAGUAGCUCCGAAAUGAGCGGAACCGCGGGAGAGCAGGAGGGAGGUUACACCAUCAAGAUCGCUCAGACUACCGAAGAGGUUCAAGCUUGUUAUGACAUGAGGGUGGAAGUGUUCGUCGUAGAGCAUGGGUUCCAACUGGAAGAUGAGAUUGAUGAAUACGACCCUCAAUCCCUCCAAUUUCUCUUGACUAUCCCCACUCCCUCCCCAACGUCUACCGACACAUCAUCACUCCUUCCACAACUCGCGCAGUCUGAACACUCGACGACGGCUGUACCGGUAGGAACGGUGCGAUAUACUCCGAGCAUAGGCAAGAUCUCCAGACUGGCAGUGCUAAAAUCGUUCAGGGGAAAAGGGUACAGUGUGGGGCUGAUGCGUGCUGCGGAAGAGUACGUUCGAAAGCAUCGAGGUCGAGUUGGGGACUCAAAAAAGGAGCAUGUGGGUGAUGAUCUCUCUGCAGCAGGAGAGGUAGAAUCGAGUACGAAGGAGCACAGGGAUAGUUUAUAUUUGCACGCUCAGAUCUAUGUCGUGCCGUAUUAUCGAAAGUUGGGGUAUGAACCAGAAGGAGACGUGUUCGAUGAGUGCGGAGAACCUCAUCAGAAGAUGGUCAAAUAUCUGAACUAGACUUGAUACGUCUGAAAGUGAAAGCGGAACAGUAGCACCCGAUGCUUAUCGAGCGUAAAGAGAACGGGUGGACUGGUGCUGCUUCCCUUUGCCGAGUCGCCGCAACCAUAUUAUACACAAGAUGCAUGAGCAGAUCUGUCAUC